CCACUCGAAGGCGACUUUGCAAGCUAAUCAAUUAGCUGGCGAUUAACAUUUACAGCCCUUAAGCAGAGCGAUAAGUUGUCUUGCAACGUGCUGCGACCAAGGUGCGAUCAGUUGUUUGCUCAGCUUUGGUACGUGCACAUCGUCGACAUGGUUUAUCGUUUCAUCGUCCUGUUUAUACUUCUUUGGUGCAGUUGCAGCAAUGCGAUUCCUGCAACUACUGGCAAUGGUCGUAUUAUGGGCGGCAGUGAAGAGAGCAUAUACAAUGCCCCCUGGCAGGUGUCCAUUCAAGUCAGUGCACGUCAUGUCUGCGGUGGCGCCAUCUACAGCAAGGAUAUUAUCAUCACAGCAGCCCACUGCGUUCAGGACACAUCUGUGACAUUAAUGCAGGUGCGAGUGGGUGCCAAUUACCACAACUCCGGAGGCCGUUUGAUUCCUGUUGGUGCCUACAUGAUUCAUGAGCAGUACAACAAGCAGUUUAAGUACUUCGACAUUGCUCUUAUACGUCUGGCCACUCAACUCACCUACAGCUUGUCCGUAAAGGCAAUUGGUCUGGCUACCGUAAGUCCCACAGCUGGAGCUAGUGUCUCGGUCAGCGGUUGGGGCUACCUACAGCCGAACGGCGCCGAUGGCUUUGCCAGCAGUCUGCAAGUGGUGCAACUUAAUGUUAUAGAGCGGAAUGAGUGCGCCUCGGCUAAAUACGGCUACGGAUGGGACUUUGUGGGUGACGAAAUGAUUUGUGCAGCAGCUCCGAAUAAAGACGCCUGCACUGGGGACUCCGGUGGUCCGAUGGUUUCCGAGAAAUUGCUGGCGGGCAUUAUCGCCUGGGGAUAUGGCUGUGGUCAGCUCAAUUAUCCAGGCGUAUAUGUUGAUGUGGCAGUUCUUCGACCUUGGAUAAUUAAGACUGCAAAUUCGAUUUGAUAUAUUUUUAAUCAAGAUGGGUCAUAAUUAUUGUGAAAUAAAGUCCAAUUUGUGAAUGUAUUUGAACUUAAAUUUGAAUUGGGUAGAAAGGAUAAAAAAUAUUUGAAUAUUUAAAAUAUGUUUUGGAAAGUGUAAAAGUAUUUUAUUCUCAAACUUCUUUUUAUAUUGAAAUAUUUAUAAGAAAAUAUGUAAAACUCAAUAUGAAAACCUACAAAACAUUUCUGUGUAUGCACAUUUAAAUGUUCAUUCAAAAUAAUCAAUUGCUAAAGUUACAAAAUACAAAAUCUUUAAAAUAGUUUUAUAGACCGCAUAACGCCCCACAGGUGGAAUCGAACCACUUCGAUUAUUAGUCGACUACGGAUUUGAAGUCCGCACCCCGGACCACCAAAGAUCAGCGAGGCACUCGAAAUUUGUAAAUAACAAUAUUUAAAAGCGCAUCUUGCUUAAUAAGCACUUGGGAAUUACAAGCAAUUUUCAUAAAACGGGAAAAAAUUAUUUGAAAACCUUUUAACUUUUAUUUAAUUUAAGAACUUGGUGACAAAUGCAUUUGGAAUGAUAAACUAUGUUAAACAAAAGUAUCAAAAUAUAUGGGAGUAGCAAAAUACAAGGCAUAUUUAAAAUUAAUCUCGCUUAUGAACGCAAUCGAAAACAGUUACAAGUCAUCUUUAGUGUGACCUGAUC